AACCAGCACUCUCGAAAGUGGUGACUAGUGCGACUGGUGCUUAAAUUAGUUCUGAGAGGAUCUCUGCAACUGCCUAUUUCUAUAUUGUCGAGGGACUCUGCCAAGGAGAAACCCAGAAAAACGAUACCACCAGUUCCUCCUCUGUUGCUCGUACAGAUUUUCCUCUGGCGAGCCGUAACGUGUUACCUGUCGCAUAGGGUUGGAUUUAAUCACGACGUAUCUCUUUUUUUGGAAUCAAUGGAUUAUGCGCGAGCCAAGCCGAACCGUGAGGAAGCUGUAGCUGAUACUGGCGAGAAGAAGGCGAGCGCAAAGAAGGUGAAGGUGGGAGUCUACUACUACCCGUGGUACAGCGGGAAUUUUCACGGUGGCAAGUACUUGCGUCAAAAACUGGAUCCGGUCCAACAACCUGCGCUGGGCGAGUACGAUGAUCGUGAUCCGGACGUGAUCGCGCAGCACGUGGCUUGGAGUCAACAAGCCAACAUUGACGUAUGGAUAACCAGUUGGUGGGGCCCGGACUCGGACUCGAAUCGCACAACCAAAGAUGUCAUUCUGGCGUCACCCGUCUUCCAGAAAAGUGGUUUGCAGCUGGCGCUCUUUUACGAAUCAACCUCACGUCUGGGCAAAGCAUUCGACGAUAUUUCCAAUAUUGCCAGCGACAUUACUUACAUGGCCAAGACGUACUUCAAAAAUACCAACUACUUGCGCAUCGACGGCAAACCAGUCCUUGCGGUAUAUUUGACGCGAUCGAUUGAAGCACGGAGCGAUAUCAACCGAUUCACCAGUAUUGUCCGACAAGCUGCACUUCACGCCGGCGUCGGAGAAAUUUAUUUGUUGGGGGAUCACGCGUUCGGAAAGCCCCCAGCCAAGAGUUCUCCUUCGUACAGCAAAAAGAUCAAUAAUCUUCGGCGACUGGACGCGAUCACCAACUACGAUGUCUACGGUAGUAUGCACGCCAAAGGAAAGCACGCGACGCAAGCCGAAGUCGCUGCCUACACGCAGGCCCAAGAAAACUGGCGCACCAUGGCGCAGGAUGCCAAGGUCGCCUUUGUUCCGUGCGUAUCACCCGGCUUUAACGAUCGUGGGGUGCGUUUGCGGGCCAACCAUUCAGCGUUGUCGCGAAAGCUUGAUUCCGACGAGAGUGAACCGGGAUCGCUCUUUCAGGCACAGUUACGGCAAUCGGUGGCUCUCGUAGAUGAUGCGGCCGACCGACUGUUGAUGGUGACGUCAUUCAACGAGUGGCACGAGGACACGCAAAUUGAGCCAGUUGCGGAGCAAGCAAUGACCGUGCGUGAUGGUAGUGAUGGGAGUCAAGACUACACGCAGGGGGUCGGCUACGAAGGAUACGAAACGCUAUAUUUGGAUCUUUUGCGGGACGAAACGGUAGAAAAGCAGAAGUGCAAUGCAGAAAAAUAGAGACGGCUGGGAUUGAUAUUUACAAAUAUGAUUCUAACAUAGUUUAUGUACGUGUUUUCUAAAGGUGAAUAAGAAGGGCGUCGUGGAGCGGAUACUCGACCAAGUAGGACGCUUCAAAAAGACGCGAAAAGUACCAAUCUUUGCAAAGGAGGAAUCUUAUUGAGCAUCACUGCUCUUGGAAAAUAUAAGAUCAGAUAAGGAAAAGGAAGCGUGCACUUUGCAGGCGUCCUACCACUUCAGCGAAUCAUGCCACGAGGGCAUCACAAGCAAUGAGCUUGGAAAUUUUAAACAAUCGAAGUGAGGAUUCAGUAUCGUCCAACCUAUUCUUCGCUGAUAGCAGAUAGUCCCAUUUGGUUCGAGGCGAUGCGGUUGCGAGAAGCGAGCGACUCGGAAGUGUCGGUCGAGGAAUCACGAGUUAAAGAAGCUUGUUCCACAUACUCCAAAAAAAGUUUGCGUUUCAUUCUACGCAACAACAAUGCUGGACUUUCGGCCAUUUCGCUGUGUGAUACUGCUUCGUUUGGGGACGUGGAACGGUUGCGUGAUAGUCGGCUCAUGGUUAACUAUCUAUUCGAGGUUUUUCUAUACGGAAUGGUGUCAGGAAC